AUGAACGGCAAUGCAACGCACGUAGUGAAGAUUCGUUUAGAAAAUGUUGUGGAGAAGGAAGAUAGGACUAUGGCAGAGCGCCCAAGGGUGGAGCCUCCCGAAGUUUUCAGUCUCAUCAUUGCGUCCAACAAAGAGAGCAAAGUACUUCUGCAUGAAGGAGACAUCGCUGUGGAUUUCGGACGCAACGCCAUGAAGUGUGAUGACAACUCCUGCAGAUGGACUAAAAACAGCACUGGAUUCGUGAACGUGCCCUACACCCUCUCCUCCACCUACAGUUCCUCCAAUAUCGCAGUAUUCCUCGGCGCCAUGCAAGAAUUUGCUACUCUCACCUGCGUGCGCUUCAUCCCGCGCUCCACGGAAUCGGACUAUGUGCAAAUAAUGGAUGCCGCCGGAUGUUGGUCCUUUGUUGGUAAGCAAGGAGGAAGUCAAUCCUUAUCGGUGUCGAGCAGCUGCAUGGUCCAAGGCUCCAUCCAGCAUGAGCUGAACCACGCUCUAGGAUUCUUCCAUGAGCAGAGUAGGAGCGACCGCGACGACUACAUCAAUAUCAUAUACAGCAACAUCAUACCAGGGACCGAGAACAAUUUUCAGAAGUUCGACACAUUGAAUCAAGGCAUAGAAUACGACUACGGCUCCGUCAUGCAUUAUCCAAGGUCCGCUUUCUCCGCGGAUGGCAUCUCUGCCACCAUUGUCCCGAAACCAAAUGCCUCCAUCGCCAUCGGACAGCGCUAUGGACUCAGCAACUUGGAUGUUGCCAAAAUUAACAAGUUAUAUAACUGCGGUCUCUGCCGAACAAUUCUCUCCAAUCCUUCAGGAUCCUUAACAUCUUCCAACUACCCCAAUAAUUAUCCCACCGCCAGCAGCUGCUUGUGGCUCAUUCGUGUUCCAUCAAACCAGGUCUUCCUGCAAUUCCUUGCCUUCGAUGUCCAGAACUCAGCAGGCUGUGCUUCUGAUUACCUGAGGAUCUACGAUGGGCCCACCACGUCCUCCCCAGUGUUAUUGGACAGAGCCUGUGGAGCCGGCCAGCUACCCCCUAUGGUCUCUACAACCAACAAAAUGCUCCUUGAAUUUGUCAGCGACAACAGUACCGAGGCCACUGGGUUCAAGGCUUCAUACAGCACUGUUUCCUGCGGUUCAGUGCUGAGCAACCCAACGGGAACAUUCUCUACUCCCAACUACCCCUCUAACUAUCCUAACUAUAUGGACUGCACCUGGGUAGUGACGGCCCCGAUUGGUUAUCAAGUCUCUGUAAAUGUGACCGACUUCUCCGUGGAGUACAGGAGCACCUGCACUUAUGACUACAUGCUUGUAUUCGAUGGACCAAAGACCACCUCCCCAUUGAUGGGAAGAUAUUGCGGCAAAAGCACCCUACCCAUCUUCACCUCCACAGGAAAUACCCUUGUUUUUCAGUUCCACAGCGAUGACUCCGUUCAGCUCACAGGGUUCUUCGCCAAAUAUGCCUUUGGUAAGUAUAUUGGAAAGGUUUUAUGAGACGGGAGACACGUCUUAUGUUUGGUAUUUUAUCCUUUU